AACAAGCUAAACAAAUCCAAGAGCAGUUAAAAGUGCCACAAAAUGGUAAAAACUACAGUCUCAAAGCAUCCAGCACAAUGGCAAAGUCAGAGAACAUGAUGAAGAGUCAUGUCCAGCUGCAAAAUUAUUCAAAGGCGGAAAGACAUCCUGUGACUGCACUGGAGAAAAUGAUGGAGUCCAGUUUUGUCGGCCCCCAGUCAUUCCCCGAGGUCCCUUCUCCUGACAGAGGAAGCCAAUCUGUCAAACACCACAGCAGGAGCCUCUCCUCUUGCUGCAGCCCAGCACAAAGAAGUGGGAUGCUUCAUCGGAAUGCCUUCAGAAGGACACCCCCCUCACCCCGAAGUAGGCUGGGUGGAAUUGUGGGACCAGCAUAUCAGCAACUAGAAGAAUCAAGGAUCCCAGACCAGGAUACAAUACCCUGCCAAGGGAUAGAGGUCAGGAAGACUAUAUCUCACCUGCCUAUACAGCUGUGGUGUGUUGAAAGACCCCUGGACUUAAAGUAUCCAUCCAAUGGUUUAAAAACCCAACAAAAUGCAUCAAUAAAUAUGCAACUGCCUUCAAGAGAGACAAACUCCUAUUUUAAUAGCUUGGAGCAAAAGGACCUGAUGGGAUAUUCAUCCACAAGGGCCAGUUCUGUGCCCAUCAUCCCUUCAGUGGGUCUAGAGGAAACCUGCAUGCAAAUGCCAGGGACUUCUGAAGUCAAAAGCAUCCAAUGGUGCAAAAACUCCUACUCUGCUGACGUUGUCAAUGUGAGUAUUCCAGUCAGCGAUUGUCUUAUAGCAGAACAACAAGAAGUGAAAAUAUUGCUAGAAACUGUCCAGGAGCAGAUCCGAAUUCUGACUGACGCCAGACGAUCAGGAGACUACGAACUGGCCAGCGUAGAAACCGAGGACAGUGCAAGUGAAAACACAGCCUUUCUCCCCCUGAGUCCCACGGCCAAAUCAGAACGAGAGGCACAAUUUGUCUUAAGAAAUGAAAUACAAAGAGACUCAGCAUUGACCAAGUGACUUGAGAUGUAGGAAUCUGUGCAUUCUAUGCUUUGCUCAACAGGAAAGAGAGGAAAUUAAAUACAAAUUAUUUAUAUGCAUUAAUUUAAGAGCAUCUACUUAGAAGAAACCAAAUAGUCUAUCGCCCUCAUAUCAUAGUGUUUUUUAACAAAAUAUUUUUUUAAAGGGAAAGAAAUGUUCCAGGAGGGAUAAAGCUUACCACUAAAGCUUUUGGGUAGAAUUCUGGAUCCAAUUUUAGUUAGUCCUAACACUAUCCUCUUUGGUUCUUAGAAGAUAUGGGCAUUUCAGACCCUUCGCCCAACAGUGCCAGUGUCUCCAUAAACAAGCACUGGCAGUUACCUGGUUUCAAAGAGAUGAGAGCUGUUAUCCUGAGGGUGGACAGCCAGUAAGCAAGUGGCCCUCGCCAUUUGCCUUGCCAGUUCCAAACUCUAAAUUUCUAUUCACCCAAUAGCCUCAUCACAGGUUAUGUCAUGUCGAAAAAUGUAGUGUUUUCUGUUUGAUUUUUAAAGAAUGGCACAAAGACGCUUGAAAGGGAAGGAGGACAGAAGAUAGGUGGAGUAAUCCGAGGCAAUCUUAACUACUCUUAUGUGCCAUCUUUCUCUGAGAUUUGAAAGCACAGACUCUCAGAGGAGGUAUGAAAUUAUUAAAAAAGAGACAAAAAAUCACAAUGUCGUGUCACUAAAAUCAUACUAGUAGAAAUGUUUUUCCUUGAGAUUGUUUAGAGGCUCUGGAAGAGCGUUUCUCAGAUUGUGUGUGCACGUGUGCGUGCGAGCGUGCGUGGGUGUGGGCUUGCUCACGCGAGCACAUAUGCUGUAUGCACAUGUGUUCAUUGUGUGUAUGUGUGUGCAUGUGUGUGUGUAUUAAGCUUGCUAAAAUUUGUUCUGAAACAUCAGGGAAUCUAAUAUUCAGAAAAAUUUCCCUCUUAGAUCUGUUCACUUCAAAUUUUUCCAUUAAGUAUAAAGUUCAGUUAGUGAGUUCUUAAAUCAAGGUCACUUGCAUGGUGGGUUUCUAAAAAACUAUUGACAAUGUCUAGACCAUUUUCUGAUGUGAAUAUUUUUGAGAGGAACAACUAUUGGCUCAUUGAUAUGAGUAUCACAAGGCGAAUUAAUCAAGGAUGUAUGUUUAUUUUGAAUCAUGCCAACUUAAAUUAUUUAUACAAGGCAGCAAACAAAUUGACAGUUACCAUUUGCUUUCUCAUCAUUCUCAUUACUAUUUAUUUUAUAGCAAGUCUACCACGUGUGGACCAAGGCAUCGGCUUUUGUGGUUAAUAUGGAAAGAAUAAAUUGUUGAAAUCACAAAGCCCAGACUAUUCAGUUCACAAGAAGCCCCCAAAAGAACAGUAAAUUGUGUUGUAUGUUCAUUUGGAAUAAAGCAAUAUUUUUACCACUGCUAAGGUGAACUGACCCUCUCCUGAAGAUUUGUCUGUUUAUUUACCCUCACUUUCAUGGGAUAUAGAAGGAAAUUAGUGUUUCACAUGCUCAGUCUUUUUCCAGUUAUUGGUGGUGUUGAGUUGUUAUGUUUACACUGUUUUAAAUAAAAAGGCACAGUAUUUGAAAGUAUA